UGGAGACGGCCAGUGAGGUAACUGCUCAGCUUUGGUCAUUAACUAUUGAGAUGCCCGACGGCCAUUCACACAAUCAUGGACAGUGCUGUGGCAAUGAAGCCACUGACGUAGAUCAUGCAUUUGAAAUGGGAAUCGAAUAUUCACUAUACAAAAAGAUCGAUAUGGACAAUUUGGAGUGUUUGAAUGAGGAGUGCGAAGGUAGUGGGAAGAAGGUAGUUAAGGCAUAUGAAAAUCGGCAAAAUCAUACAGAGUUUGUGACAAGCGAUGCCGAUGAGGAAAUGCUGUUUAACAUACCUUUUACUGGCAACAUCAAACUGAAGGGUAUUAUUAUAGUUGGGGCAGAUGAUAAUACACGUAAAACCAUGGAAAGUUUGCUUUGCAAAAAAACUCCCGCAUCAUUAUUGCGUCCAUUACAACCAAUGUUGAUAAAAAUUAACUUGCAAUUUGCAUCUAUAAGUGCCAAUAAAACGAUGCUGUUUGUACCUUUAUAGUUGUGGUAAAAUGCUCCAUCUUUUCGCAACGCCCUGAAGGUUAUAUGUUUCCCAUCUAAUGCGCCUAAACAAUUUGGAAAUUGCCAUCGUAUAGCAAAUUCAUUUGCUAUGGACUCCCACUCCGAAGAGCUGUUUGGAAACUAAAAAUCUAGCCCAAAUAGCGUCACAUACAUCCGGAAUUAUGCCACUAAUAGCAGCCUUUGAUAUUUUGGAAUGAAAAUUCAAGCUCUGAAAAGUUUCCCCUGUAAAAGUAAGUGCUUUUAGCCUCAUUCCAUUCUUGGCCACGCAAGUUUUAAUGAUACAAAUUUUUUACAUAUUUCAUUGCAUAUAUAAGUUUGUAUUGAAGUUUACCUGUAGCAAGAAACCGCAGUGUCAAAGACAGUUUUUCAGCUGGAGAAAUUGCGGACCACAUUAUGGUAUCUUGCUUUCUUAAAUCUUCCUUAAUGAAUGAAAGCAGGAAAUUAAAUUGGGUCUCAGUCAUUCGCAAAUAAUUUUUAUAGCUAGCUUUGUCCGAUAUCAAUAGCUCUUUUGUUAAGAAUGCGAAUUAUCCUUUUUCCGACUUCGCUUCCCUCCACACCUUUGUCCAUUCACGAUUUUUUUUCCUUAUAGGCAUCUUUGCCACUUUUUCACACAUAUUGAUUAGUCCUGGAGUUUAAAAAAUACCUUUAAUUUAGUAUUAAAUUUCCAAUCUACAAUCUCAGUACAAACCUUUACAUAUGUCCUCCCUUUCGCUAUCAUCCGAAUCGAUCUCGACGGCUUCCUCGAUGCACUUAAAAAUAUCUUGCAUUAAUUCAAUUUUAUCUUGGUACUCCAUAUUCUGAAAUGUUCAUAUAUAUAUAUAUAUGCAUAUAUAAACAUACAUGUGAAUAUUUAAGUACAAAAAAUCAAGAACCAAAUUACAAUUUCACAACUUACCGUAUGUAUUCAUAUAAAUCUCAACAAAACUGCAAACACUGAAAGAAUUUGUAAAUCAAAAGGAAUGUCAAAUUUCUUAGCAGCGAACUGAGACGAAUAAGAACACAGAGCGUGUUGCCCGAGCACGAGAAACUCGGUGCCCUUCCCCCUUCCUCGUCGCUCCCUCUCCCAAAAGUAACGAGUUGCGGCAACAAAAGUUUCUCCGUCUGAACCUAGAC